AUGAAAGAUUUAGGGAAUGUAAAAGAUAUACUCGGAAUGCGGGUAGAAAGACAAGGCGAUAUCGGGAACAUUAAAAUAACACACAAAUAUUACAUAGAGAAACUAUUAGAGAGAUUCGGUAUGAGAGAAUGUAACCCGACCGGUACGCCGUUAGAAUCAAAUGCAAGCGCGAUCAUCCAAGAAACUCAAUUAGAGGAAAAAGAGAAUGAACGCAUAGAUGAGCCAUAUAGAGAACUCGUGGGGUGUCUCAUCUACCUUGCCAAUGCUUCGCGGCCAGACAUAGCGUUCGCGGCAAAUUUGUUAAGUAGAUUCUGUAAUAAUCCGAAACAAACUCAUUGGAAAAUGGCAAAGCGGGUACUGAGGUAUCUAAAAGGAACUAUAGAUUACGGCAUAAAUUAUGUAAAAGAAAAAGACAGUUUAGUUGCGUAUACAGACUUCGAUUGGGGUGGAAAUACAAUAGAUAGAAGGUCAAACACCGGUUAUUUAGUUUAUCUAGCAGGAGGUCCAGUUAGUUGGAAUAGUAAAAAGCAAAAGACUGUAGCACUUUCGACCAUGGAGGCCGAAUAUAUGGCGCUUACGGAAGUAACUAAAGAAAUAAUCAAAUUAUUUUAA